CCUAAACAUCUUCUCUCCAGGAUUUCAUAUCAUUACUUGCUUUGCUAAUCCCAAUUUGACGUCUCAUGCAUUGUUCAACCUGACUUCCGGAUCAUAUGACCCCGCGUUCAAUCUGCAGCGCGAAACUUGCACAAGCACCAUAUUCUUCUAACUCCCAGGCCAUAAUCUUCCCCAGCACCAGUCGCCUCGAUGGACUACUCCGACGGCGCGGGCGAUAUCGUCCCAACCUUCUACAUUGGCCAGCAUGAAUCCAAACGCUCCUUGGAUGUGUCCGCAGAACUCAUCCAGCAUGCGCACGAUCUUGGAUAUGAUAUGCUGACCAGCCCAAUCACAAACGACCACUUCCACACACGCGUCUUGAGUCUCCUCAGCUCCUACACCCAAGCCAUCUCCGACGCCCCACAAACGCAACCGCUCCCUUUGAUACCCGCCUUGGACAAUUUCGAUACUUCACUUGGUCCCAGUGACACUAUCGGCCAGCUGCUUACCUACACAAGCUCCUGGAUAGAUCUCUCCUCUCCGGACCCCGUCAUUGCGCACCUCUCACGCCAGGUGUUCCACUUGGAAAUUGCAUUUGCAGCAUUCUGCGGAGCCACCACAGUGAUCGUGCCUGGACCAAGACUCGCGCAUGGUCAGAAUGGCGUGUCACAAUAUGCCCGAGCUAUUAAAGAGGCCCUCGCCAAUGGCGCAUACGUCUCGCUCCAUGUACAAAUGCCCAUGGACGGCACCAGUGUUGCUGAAGAGGAAGAUGUAGGCAAUCUCGCUCGCUUUGCCAGGCCAGAGUACGAGCCGAGCAGCGAGACAAAGAAUGUGGAUGCCUGGAGCUCGUGGGACGCCUGGAACACGAUCAGAUCUAUCAACAAGUACCACAACAGACUGUCAGUAGCCCUCGACCUACCACGCCGUCUGCCAUCCUUGGCUAUACAAUCUCGCUGGUACUCAGAACCUGUUCGGCUACUCAACCUCUCAUUCUCUUCCUUCCUGGUCAAUGCGCGAGGGUCUGCUGUUUUGUCGAAGUCGCACCAGCACUUCAUCUUCCGCUGCGCGCGCUUGCGAUCGGCGCCAUGGCUGUUACUCUCAGACAUCGGCCCGCUUCCCGGAAUCGACGACCCGGACAUGAUCAUGUCGUAUUCCACGGGCGAACUUUCCCCAGGAACAGCGGAAGACGCGCCUAGCCCUGACUCCUCAGUGCAUGCCCCCACUCCAGCUGAAGCAGCUCAAAUAGCGAAGAAAACGAGCAAGCAGAGCAACGGUAACCACGACCCAACCCCACAUCUCAGCUAUAUGCGCUACAUACAGCGAAACCAGCCGCCCAAAAGCAUGAUCGAGCGAUUUGGUGGCGGCUUCCAGGACUACCUGCAGAGCCCGUUGCAACCCCUGACAGACAAUCUCGAAUCCAUCACAUACGAAGUGUUUGAGAAGGACCCAAUAAAGUACGAAUGGUACGAAAGAGCGACUGCACAGGCUCUGCGAGAUUGGCAAAGUCAGCGGAGAUCAACGAGCUCCGGAGAUGGCGUUGUAGUCAUCGCGGUUGUGGGAUCAGGGCGCGGUCCACUCGUCACACGAGCACUGAACGCGAGCAAAAGCACCGGCGUACCUGUACGAGUCUACGCCAUCGAGAAGAAUCCAAACGCAUACGUACUUCUACAACGACACAACAGAGAGACAUGGGGGGGCCGCGUCACGGUUGUCAAGACGGACAUGCGAGCCUGGAAGGGACCAUCGCAGCCAGACGGCACUUUCGGCAAGGUCGACAUCCUGAUCAGCGAACUGCUCGGUUCCUUCGCCGACAACGAGCUAUCGCCUGAGUGUCUCGACGGCGUGCAACAUGUGCUGAACCCCGAACACGGCAUCUCCAUACCAGCCAGCUACACCGCGCACUUCACGCCCAUCUCCACGCCCAAGCUCUGGGCAGACCUCUACAACCGCAGCAGCAAUGUCGACGCAAACGCCUUCGACAUCCCGUGGGUAGUCAUGCUGUCGCAAUUCGACUAUCUCUCCACCGAAGAUAAAGAAACAAUAGCCUCGCACCAGCUCGGCAACGGCACAAAGAUGCACAACUUCAACCUCGAACCACCCCUCGCACCGCUCGUCCACACGGCAUGGGAGUUUUCGCAUCCCCUCCCGCCCACCAUCCUCGCGCAGUCUUCACUACGCAAAGGUGGCUCUGCAGUCGGCGGCGGCGGCGGCUUCACCGGCGGCGACGGCGCAAACGAGCACAAUUUCCGCUUCUGCCGCUUCACGUUCCCCAUCCAGGAGCAGGGCGUGUGCCACGGCCUGGGCGGGUAUUUCGAGACGGUGCUGUACAGCGGGUCGGAAGGCGCGGUGGAACUCAGCACGAAUCCCGUCACCAUGGAGAAGAAGAGCAAGGAUAUGAUCUCGUGGUUCCCUAUCUUCUUCCCCCUCAAGAAUCCUAUACAGUUGCCUGCUAAGUCGGAGGUCGAGGUUAGCAUGUGGCGCCAGACGGAUGACCGGAAGGUGUGGUAUGAGUGGCUUGUUGAGAGCUAUAUGACGCUCGGCGGGAAGAGGAUACGGCUCGAUGUGUCGGACUUGCACUCGAGUAAGAGCAAUGGGUGUUUGAUGUAGGUGCAUGUUGGGCUGGUGUUGGUUUAGACAAAAUUCGGGAUAUCCAACAUGGACUGUUACGCAUCUUCUCAGGCCAUCUCUUUGUUUAGACUUAUCUCUAAUACCAAGUCGAAAAAGUUUCUCGCGCA